UUUGGAUCGAGCUAUCUGCGGUGCCGGGAUGGGAAACUUGACCCGUAGCCGCCAUGGAUGUGGAGGGAAGCCUCCGCGAUGGCAACAGGAGCGAUCAGACAGUGGAGAAAAGGCACAGGGGUAAACUCUAUUUGCUGAGUGAAGUAUCGGCCUGGGAGGACAAAGGCACAGGCUUGGUGUCGAUCAUCGCUGCCGAUGAGGGAAAGAGGCUCAUUGUGCGCGAUGAAAACAGCGAUGUGCUGUUGCACGACCGACCAGUGCUCCCAAAUGAUGACAGUUACCGACUGCAGGGGGAUGGUGCUGCAAAGUCCAUUUUGGUUUGGGAAGAUGUUGGGCUGGAGAAGGACUGCGCCUUGAGCUUCCAAGAUGCGGAGAGUGCGCAAGAGAUCUUCUCCGAGCUUUGCAUGGCUGCGGAAACCCACAGACCGCAGGAGAUUCCUGAAGAUGACCCGAUGGGUGAGGAGAAUCUUCCGGAGGACGAAGAGGAGGGCGAAGAUCUCUUCGGCAAUGACAUGAUGGACGACUACCGCGCAGACCCAGCACUGGACCAAUACGGUGUGAACCUGGGCUGCAUUGAAGACCUGUGGGUCAACGGCCGUUUACCGGACCCAGAAUUCUUGGACGAUGAGCCGCACGAGCCCAUGAGCAUUCAAACUCGCAUGGCUGCAGAGCGGGCGAUGGAGGACCGUGAGGUGCGUGCCGGCCGCCGUGCGCGCUCGCCGUCGCCCAAAGGCGACUCCAAGACGCCGGCCUUCGCCAAACGCUUGGCGGCGACGUUGCAGGCCAGCCCCAGCAGCGUGGCGGAGUCCGAGGAAGCCACCACCACACAGAAGAAGCGCCGUGUGAACGACCCCUUUGGUCUCAGCGAUGAUUUGGAUGAGGAGGACGUACCGGAAGCUCUGUACGAUCUGAUGCACGAGCGCUUGUCGCAGGGCUCGGACAUCGAGAAACGUUUGGUUGAAAAGAUCCGGUUGUCUUUCCAACAGUUCCUGCUGAAAUAUGUGGCGGAGAACGAGGAAGGCCCAAAGUAUCCUGACAGGCUUCGGAAGAUGGCCGAACAGCACCAGGCACAUUUGGAGGUGAGCUACGAUGACAUUCGACGAUGGAGUCCCAACUUGUCGCUGUGGGUGUCGGAUUUCCCGCACAACGUGCUGCCCAUCCUGAACGAAACGUUGAUGUUGGUGGCGGCUCGAAAGUUCAAGACCUACACGAAGUUGGCUGAUGCAGGCGAAAACGAGUUGCGUGUGGCCAUCGACAGUUUCCCCGUCCAGGACAAGAUCCGCAGCUUGUGCACCCAACACACCAACAAGCUGGUGAAGGUGGCAGGGGUCGUCACCAAGCGAUCUACGGUCCGCAACCAGGUGAAACGCCUCUGGGUGCGUUGUGCCAAGUGUAAUCUGCCUGCAGGGCCCUUUGAGGUUGCUGAGGAGAAGGACUUGAGACCUUCCGCCUGCUUGGAGUGUGCCUCCCGUGGUCCAUGGCGGGUGGAUCGUCAGAGCACCAUCUAUCAGAACCAUCAGACCAUCAGCUUGCAGGAGAGUCCUAGCUCAGUGGACGCAGGAAAGAUGCCACGCUCGCGCGAGGUUGUGCUGACCGGAGAUUUGGUGGACACGGUGCGUCCCGGGGACGAGUUGGAACUCAUCGGCAUCUACCGUUGCUUGCACGACACGGCCACCAACGCGCGGACAUGCUUCCCGGUCUAUCGCACUGACAUCCAAGCAGUUCAUAUCAACCGAAAAGGUGAUUUGAAGUUGAUCCAGAUCAGUGACGAUCAGCAAAAGAACAUCCUGGAUUUGGCCAAGAGCCCGCAGAUCCGUGAGAGGUUUAUCUCCUCAAUGGCUCCAUCCAUUUACGGCAUGUGGCACGUGAAAACGGCCAUUGCAUUGAGUAUCAUGGGCGGGCAGCCAAAGCAGGCGGCUGGAAAGCACCGCAUCCGUGGCGACAUCAACACGCUGAUCGUAGGUGACCCGGGAUUGGCCAAGUCGCAGUUCCUGAAAUAUGUGGAGCAGACCUUUCCCCGCGCGGUCUACACCACCGGCAAGGGUGCCAGUGGUGUGGGUCUCACCGCUGCAGUGACCCGGGACGAGAACGGGCACUUCUGCCUGGAGGGUGGCGCCAUGGUCUUGGCAGACGAUGGUAUUUGCCUCAUUGAUGAGUUCGACAAGAUGAACGACCAGGAUCGAACUUCACUGCACGAAGCCAUGGAGCAGCAGUCCAUCUCCAUCUCCAAGGCUGGGAUCGUGGCAACGUUGCAGGCUCGCUGCGCCGUGGUAGCUGUGGCGAAUCCCAUUGAGGGACGAUAUGAUCAACAGAGGACCUUCUCGCAGAACGUGAAUUUGUCGGAUCCCAUUCUGAGUCGCUUUGACCUGAUGUGCGUCUUGCGAGACGAGGCGGAUCCACUUCAGGACGAGAUGUUGGCCAGCCACGUGGUGUGCAGCCACAUCCGGACGAUGCACGGAAGCAUCACCCGUUUUGUCGCAAACAUCUCCAGCGUGACCCGUCAGCCGGGAGCGAUGCACGGCAUGCGGAGGUGACACCUUGCCUGGCGG